AUGUACUUCUCAAAGUUUCAAUUUUUAACUCUUCUAUAUGCCACAACGCCAGUACUAGCAAAAGACGUUAUACCACCCUCCCAACGCCGCAACAUCGUUCAAUCGUUCAACCCUCACCGCAACGCCAGCUCCGCAACAACACCCCUACAAGUCGGAAACGGCAACUUCGCUUUCGGCGCCGAUGUCACCGGAUUACAGACAUUUGCCCAUUUCGCGACUCAGAGUACGACCGCAUGGCAUAACUUUAGUCUCCCGGUCACGCCUGGGCAGACGGCACCUGAUGAUUUCACCGGCCUAGAUUGGUGGACUCACGGCCGCCUUGUCAAUUAUGACAUGCCCAAUCCAGCGGAAAAUAAUAUCUCGAAUUGGCUGAUUCAGAAUCCUCAGAGAUUGAGUAUGGCUAACAUUGGCCUUUACUUUGACGGCGAGAACGUUACUGAAGCGAGCCUGCUGGACAAAUCCCAGGAUUUGGACCUGUGGGAGGGUACAAUCACUUCGUCCUUCCAGUACAAUGGAUCCAAUGUUUCGGUGCAGGUCUGGUGUCAUCCAUCAGAGCCCGUGCUCGGCAUUGAGAUUAAUUCUGGACUAUUGACGGCAGGAGACCUGGGCGUGGUUUUUGACUUUCCAUAUCCGGAUGUUAAUAAGUUCGAUGCGCCGUAUGUUGGCGUUUGGGACACAAAGGCGACUACAAAUAAUACUGUCAAUGUGCAAUCAACAAGCAGUACAGCCUCCUUCAAACACACAAUCGACAAUAACACCGUCCGCCUCGAUGCACAAUGGAGUACCAAAAAAGGUUCUAUCACUGGACAUCUAGCUGGAACGAACAAAUUCGUCCUUACAUCUUCAGAAACGGAGACUUUACAUCUCGUUGUCUCCUUCCCAGCGGAUCCCAACACUUCUAAAAAGAGUCUGCCAUCCUACAACGCAAUUGCGAGUGCAUCAAAAGCGUGGUGGUACAAUUACUGGACUUCGGGUGCAUUUAUUGAUCUCUCAGCUACUGAUAAUGCAAAUGCGACUGAGCUUCAGCGCCGGAUUGUGCUUUCGCAGUAUCUUGUUGCUGUUAAUGAGGCGUCGGAUAAUCCUCCUCAAGAAUCUGGACUUGUAAACAACGGCUGGUACGGCAAGUUCCACCUCGAAAUGUUCCUCUGGCACUCCCUCCACUUCGCUCGCUGGGGCCACUACGACCUCCUCUCCCGCAACGCCCCAGGCACCUAUCAACGCUUCCUUCAGUCCAGCAUGGAUCGCGCCACAGCACAGGGCUACGCAGGCGCACGAUGGGGCAAAAUGACCGAUCCUACGGGCCGCAGCGCCCCCGGCGAAAUCAACGCUCUUCUAAUCUGGCAGCAACCUCACGUCAUGCAUUUUGCUGAAUACUUUUAUAGAGCGUUCCCGCACAAAAAGACACUGCAGGAAUGGGAUGAAGUUGUCACCGCCACGGCGGAUUUCAUGGCGUCAUAUGCCUGGUGGAACACUACGACAAAGGUAUACGAUUUGGGACCACCAAUGUACCCCGUUAGCGAAAACACGAGUCCCAACGUUACAAUAAAUCCAACCUUUGAACUGGCAUAUUGGCGAUUCGGUCUUGAUGUCGCUAUUCAGUGGAAGGAACGACAAUCUCUCCCAGUUCCAAAGGAUUGGACUCUUGUCCGCGACUUUCUCGCUCCGCUCCCCAUCAUCGAUGACGCCUAUGCCGUCUACGAAGGGAUCCCGAAUAUGUGGCAGAAUGGAACUACGACCGUACAAGAUCAUCCAGCCAUGACCGGUAUCUACGGCUUGCUGCCGCCCCCAUCGAGUGGUUCGCCCCUGAACCUAACCGUUCUGCAGCACACAGCCGACCUCAUCAACGAACUGUGGGAUUUUGCGGACGUUUAUGGCUGGGAUUUCAGUAUGGUAGCCAUGAAUAGCCUGCGAUUGGGGAAUGCGGAGCAGGCAGUUGCCUAUCUUCUGGAUGAGUACUAUGUCUUUGAUGACGCGGGUUAUCCGGAGGGAGGGAAUAGAGUUGCAACGCCGUAUUUUCCGGAUGCGGGCGGGUUAUUGCUUGCUACUGCUAUGAUGGCUGGUGGUUGGGAUGGAGAUGAGGGGCCUCAUUUCCCGGAGGGGUGGGAUGUGAAGGUUGAGGGGUUUACGCCGAGUUUGUGA